ACAAAACAUGAGGAACUUCUGGCUAAACGCUCUGAAGUCCUGCGUCAGUUAAAAGCCUGCGAAACAGAAUUGGCUCAGGCGAAUGCAGAACGCCGCAACCUAGAGCGAGACAAGGCCGAUUUUCGGGAUCAACUCGUCUCCACGGAGGCAGAAAAAAAUGAACUAGAAACUGAAAAAACUGCCCUUAUUCAGGCAUUGAGCAUGAUGGAGACUAACAGAGACAGCCUUGAGGAUGAUUUGACCAAUCUGAAUCGAGAAAAACUAGAGCUGGCAGAACAAGUAUGA